GUAAAUUGAUGACGAAAUACCCACGGAAGCGGCAGAAUUUUUAGGAGGAAGGAGAAGAGCAUAACAAGAUUUGAACGUGUUCGAGGCUUAUUUCGAAUUUAAAUAAUUGUUUUGCAUAUGUUUAUGUAGACGAUUAUUAUUUGACAUGGGGAAAGAGGGUUUUCUAAGCCCAAAGGCGAUCGGGAAUAGGAUUAAAGCAAAAGGUCUUCAAAAAUUGCGAUGGUAUUGUCAAAUGUGCCAGAAACAAUGUCGAGACGAGAAUGGCUUUAAAUGCCACUGCAUGUCCGAGUCCCACCAGAGACAACUGCUGCUGGCCUCGGAGGACCCCAACAAGAUCAUGGACAACUUCUCACAGGAGUUCAAGAAUGACUUUAUUGAGCUGAUUAAAAGACGCUUCGGAACCAAGCGAGUGCAAAACAACAUUGUCUAUAACGAGUACAUCAAUGACAGAGAGCAUGUCCAUAUGAACUCCACCCAGUGGGAGACUCUCACUGAAUUCACCAAGUGGCUGGGGAAAGAGGGUUUUUGUAAGGUGGACGAGACGCCCAAAGGCUGGUACAUCCAGUACAUCGACCGCGACCCAGAGACCAUCCGGAGGCAGGAGGAGCUGGAGAAGAAGAAGAAGCAGGACCUCGAUGACCAGGAGCGCAGUGCCAAGUUCAUAGAGGAGCAGGUCCGCCGAGGCCAAGGAGGCAGGGAGCCAGAGGAAGCACCGGUUUUCACUGAGUUGAAACGAGAAAGUGAUGAAGAGAAAAUUACCUUCAAUCUGGCCAAGGGCUCCUGUUCCUCUGCAGAUGGCCCAUCUAAAGCCAGUGUGGCCCUGGGUCCCAGUGCCCUUAAGGCAGCAGGAUCAGGGAAACGGAAAGAUACGCCCUCCACCUCAGAAGCCAAAGAGAAGAAGAAGAAGUCGGCCCUGGAUGAGAUCAUGGAGAUGGAGGAGCAGAAGAAGAGGUCUGUGAGAGCGGACCACUGGCUGCACCCCGGCAUCGUAAUCAAAGUUGUUACCAAGAGACUGGGGGAGAAAUACCACAAGAAGAAAGGAGUCAUCAAGGAGGUGCAGGAUAAAUACACAGCCGUUGUGAAGAUGAUUGACUCGGGUGACAAACUGAAACUAGACCAGAAUCACCUGGAGACGGUCAUCCCUGCACCAGGUAAACGGGUCCUGGUUCUGAAUGGUGUGUACAGAGACACAGAGGCCCUACUGGACUCCAUAGCCGAGAGAAAGUUCAGUGCCACCCUCACACUUGACUCGGUAAGGACCAGGGACAAAAUGGCUCUCGUCAUGCAUCAGUUUCUACCGUUUGGUGGUGGAAUAGAUGUUUGGUAUAGCAAAUGCUUUUGGAUGAUAUGAAUGGUUCUUAUUUUCUCAUACAAGGGUGUGUUUUUCUUCCUCAGGGUCGGAUGAAAGGGAGGAGGGUGGACGGGAUUGCCUAUGAGGAUUUCUCUAAAAUGGCCGGAUCUAUCAUGACUUCUGUUACAUGACAGCGUAACCCAAGAGCCCCUACCCUGCCACUGAGGCCCAUCAGCCGGGAGACUCUACUGUGUCAGAGUUACUUUCUCUAAAUAUCCCAGAAUGCAUUUUCUAUGGAGGUAUCACUUCCUGACUUAGCCAAGCAAUGAUUAUGGGGGGGGGGGGGGGGGGGGGGGGGCAUUUUCUUUUUUAGUUUUCUUUUGUAUCGUUAUUCAAAUGGUUCUCUACAAAUACAUUUUAAUG